GCUCUCCCCAGUGAGUGCGCGGCGAGCCGGCUGCGAGCGUCAGGCCUGCGCUGCCUCCCUCCCCGGCUCCGGCUCCGGCUCCGGCUCCGAGCAGCGCCCGCCCGGCGGCGCCCAGGCUGCCCAGGGACGGAAAUCGAAACCGAAGCGGCGGGUUCCCCUCCCGGGCCCGCCGGCUGGGCGCCCCGCGGGCCCUCUCGCCCCGGCCUGCCCGCGGGCAUCUCCGAGGGCGCCGGCCCCCCGCCUCCCUCCCUCCCGCCGCGGGGCCGCCCGGCCCUGAGCCGCGCGCAGCAUGGGCAGGUGCUGCUUCUACGCGGUGGGGACGCUGUCCCUCCUCCUGCUGGUGACCAGCGUCACGCUGCUCGUGGCCCGCGUCUUCCAAAAGGCCGUGGACCAGGCCAUCGAGAAGACCAUUGUGCUGAGGAAUGGCUCUGAGACCUUCGACUCCUGGAAGCAGCCCCCGCUGCCUGUGUACAGCCAGUUCUAUUUCUUCAAUGUCACCAAUCCCGAGGAGAUCCUCGGAGGGGAGAUCCCUCGGUUGGAAGAAGUGGGGCCGUACACCUACAGGGAAAUCAGAAACAAAGCGGAUAUUCAGUUUGGCGAUAAUGGAACAACAAUAUCAGCCGUCAGCAACAAAGCCUAUGUUUUUGUACAAAACCUAUCUGUUGGAGAUGCUCAAAGUGACUUAAUUAGAACACUAAAUAUUCCUGCAGUGACCGCCAUGGAGUGGGCACAGCAAGGCAUCAUCCAGAGGAUCAUCCGGGCCCUGCUGAAGGCUUACCGGCAGGAGUUCUUUGUGACGCGCACGGUCCACGAGUUGCUCUGGGGCUACAAGGAUGAGAUCUUGUCCCUCAUCCACCCUUUCAAACCUGACAUCCCUCCCUAUUUUGGCUUGUACUAUGGGAAAAAUGGGACUAAUGAUGGAGACUAUGUUUUUCUAACUGGAGAAGACAAUUACCUUAACUUUUCAAAGAUUGUGGAAUGGAAUGGAAAAACGUCACUUAGCUGGUGGACAACAGACAAAUGCAAUAUGAUUAAUGGGACAGACGGUGAUACUUUCCACCCACUAAUAACAAAAGAUGAAGUCCUUUAUGUCUUUCCAUCUGAUUUUUGCAGGUCAGUGCAUAUCACGUUCAGUGACUAUGAGAGUGUGCAGGGACUGCCCGCCUUUCGGUUCACGGUGCCUGACGAAAUAUUAGCCAAUACCUCCGAGAACGCCGGCUUCUGCAUACCCACGGGAAACUGCCUGGGCUCGGGAGUUCUGAAUGUCAGCAUCUGCAAGAAUGGUGCACCUAUUAUUUUAUCCUUCCCACACUUCUACCAAGCAGAUCAGAGUUUCGUGUCUGCCAUAGAUGGCAUGCAUCCAAACAAGGACCAUCACGAGACGUUUGUGGACAUUAAUCCUUUGACUGGAUUGAUCCUAAGAGCAGCCAAGAGGUUCCAAAUCAACGUUUAUGUCAAAAAAAUAGAUGGCUUUAGUCAGACGGGGAACAUCAGGACCAUGGUCUUCCCGGUGAUGCACGUCAACGAGAGUGUUCUCAUUGAUAAAGAGAUUGCAAGUCGACUGAAGUCUGUGAUUAACACUACUUCCAUCAUCAGCAACAUACCCUACAUUGUCAUGGCGCUGGGCGUGUUCUUUGGUUUGAUCUUCACCUGGCUGGCCUGCCGAGGACAGGGAUCCAUGGAUGAGGGAACUGCAGAUGAAAGAGCGCCCCUCAUACGAACCUAGCCCUGGCCUGAGCUUAGCGAAGGAACCAUGGAGAGCUGUCCUGAUCUGGAUCAGACGUGGGGAAACCGUCGCAUCCUCACAGGCUCCUUGCCUGUGGAGAGAAGGAAGGCGACCAGAACUGGCAAGUGAUGAGAGCAUUUGGCUGGAGCUCAAAGAACAGACUGGUGUCAGCCACUGGGCUCUAUCAGAGCCGUGGUCCCUGAUGAAGGGUUUUGUUUUUCAUGUGUCUAGCAAGUAUUUAAUGAAGUCUUGUAUAGUAACUUUAUUGAUGUUGGGUGCUGGUAGCUCCAGAAAUUUGUGACCACUGUUGUGGUUGUAACGCCUGCGUCACUUGUUAAUGCUACUUGGUCUAACCUUGUUCAGUAUGUUUCAUUCACUAAACUUUGUAUUGUAUUCCUCCAUUCAUGUCACCCCAAAACUAGAAAUAAAUAAGAGUUCGGAGCCCAGGGUAAAAUGGUAGCCUUGUUGAGUACAUCAUUCAAAUGCACCCAGUUUCCUCUUUUAAAAAAGUUGUAUAUUG